AUGGCCGGGCAGAACCAGCAGCGCGCUCUGCGCAAGAGCAUCGCGGCGCAGCAGCCUGCCCCGCCGGCGCAGCCCCCGGCGCAGCCGCCGCACCCGCUGGGGAGCGCCGCCCGCGGCCCCCGGAGCAGCGCGGACAGGGUGGCUCUGAAGAAGGAGAUCGGGCUGCUCAGCGCUUGUGCCAUCAUCAUAGGUAAUAUAAUUGGCUCCGGCAUCUUUAUUUCGCCCAAAGGAGUCCUAGAGCACUCUGGGUCGGUGGGACUCGCUCUCAUAAUCUGGGUGCUUGGCGGCGGGAUCGCAGCUCUCGGGUCGUUGUGCUACGCUGAAUUAGGAGUUACAAUUCCCAAAUCAGGUGGGGAUUAUUCCUACGUCACCGAGAUUUUUGGUGGAUUAGCUGGGUUUUUGCUGCUAUGGAGCGCAGUGCUGAUCAUGUACCCCACCAGCCUGGCUGUCAUUGCACUGACCUUUUCAAAUUAUGUUCUCCAGCCAGUGUUUCCAAACUGCAUCCCCCCCUACAAUGCCUCCAGAGUCCUCUCCAUGGUGUGUUUGUCACUAUUGACCUGGGUGAACAGCUCUAGCGUCCGAUGGGCCACACGCAUCCAGGAUAUAUUCACAGGAGGAAAGCUCUUGGCCUUGGGCCUGAUUAUUAUUGUGGGUUUCAUACAGAUCUUCAAAGGAAACUAUGACGAACUGCUACCAAGCAAUGCCUUCAACUUCUGGAUGACGCCGUCCGUGGGGCAUCUGGCCUUAGCCUUCCUCCAAGGUUCCUUUGCAUUCAGUGGGUGGAAUUUCCUAAAUUAUGUAACAGAAGAAUUAGUUGAUCCUCGCAGGAAUCUACCUCGUGCCAUAUUCAUCUCCAUCCCAUUGGUGACCUUUGUGUACACGUUCACUAAUAUUGCAUACUUCACUGCCAUGUCCCCCCAAGAGCUCUUGUCUUCCAAUGCUGUUGCAGUAACAUUUGGUGAAAAGUUACUGGGCUAUUUUUCCUGGGUUAUGCCUGUCUCUGUGGCUCUGUCUACAUUUGGAGGAAUAAAUGGAUACCUUUUUACCUCAUCCAGGUUGUGUUUCUCUGGUGCCCGCGAAGGCCAUUUACCCAGUUUGCUGUCUAUGAUUCACGUCAAGCACUGCACCCCAAUUCCAGCCCUCCUUGUCUGUUGUCUGGCCACCGUUGUUAUCAUGCUGGUUGGGGACACCUACACAUUAAUCAACUAUGUGUCCUUUAUUAACUACCUCUGCUAUGGAAUAACAAUCAUAGGACUGAUUGUGCUUCGCUGGAAGAAACCCAAAAUCUUCAGACCCAUCAAGGUAAAUCUCCUGGUUCCAAUCACUUACCUGAUAUUUUGGGCCUUUCUCUUGGUCUUCAGUUUAUAUUCUGAGCCAGUGGUCUGUGGAAUUGGACUGAUUAUCAUACUAACUGGAGUGCCAGUGUUUUUUCUUGGCGUGUACUGGAAAAACAAACCAAAGUGUGUAAAUAGGAUAACAGAAUCCUUGACUCACUGGGGCCAGAAGGUGUGCUUUGUCGUCUACCCUCAGGGGGGACCCACCGAAGAGGACAAUCUACCUUCUGCUCACUCCUCCCUCCCAGGAAAUGAAAAGACGUUGAAGAAAUAA